AAUCUAAAAAAUUUCAAGAAGUUCGCUAAUUUAGUUGCCGCCAAGUUAUUUUCUUUAUAACCAGUGAAGCAUUUUAAGGCAGAAGCUAACUUAAGCAAAUAUGGCGGAUAACAAAAUCGAGGGCCGACUGGCUCUAGUCACUGGAGCAUCUGGGGGUAUUGGUGAAGCUUGCGCAAGGAAGUUAGCAUCUUGUGGCGUCAACCUUGCGUUAACAUACUCUACGUCUAAAGACAAGAUUGAUGCACUCGUAGCAAGUCUCGAUGAGAUAAGCAACGGCUUGCGAAUAACGAUUCACAAGGCUGAUAUGGGAUCUGUGGAAGAUAUUGCAAACAUGUUCAAAGAGAUCCAAGAGCAACAUAAAGCUCCAAUCGAUGUCCUAGUCAGCAAUGCUGGGUACGGAAAGAGAAUCGUGGAUAUCUCUGAAAUACCACUAGACGAAUUCGAAUACACAAUGAACGUCAACCUCCGUGCUUCCUUCCUCCUCGUGAAGGGCGUCGUAGAAGGCAUGAAAGCCCAAAAGUGGGGUCGCAUUAUCUUCGUCUCAUCAAUAGCAGCAUAUGGUGGUGGAAUCAACGGUUGCCACUACGCAGCAAGCAAAGGUGGCCUCAUGGGCAUGAUGAAGAACCUAUCAAGCGGACUAGCACAGUACAACAUCUCAGUCAACGAUGUGGCACCUGCCAUGAUUGGAGCAACAGGCAUGAUCCCGAAUCCUGAGGCGGUGCCAGGUGUAAUUGAGACGAUCCCAUUAGGAAGAUUUGGGCAGCCAGAUGAGGUAGCAAACGUAGUUGAGAUGUUUGCUAAGACCGGUUAUUGCACUGGACAGAGUUUGGUUGUUGCUGGUGGAUUGAAGUGAGUAGUUUUUAUAGCAAGUACAAUGUAUAUCUCUUCCUAUAGGUACGGAAUGAAAUACUGCGAAUGCUUGUUUAUUUGUAACUCUCUAUGUAGCUUUUUUUAACAGGUC